UUAGUCAAAGACAGGCAGAGUCUGAGAGCCGUGAACUGUAUAGAGAACUGUUGGGAACGGAACUGACUAACGGAGAAAUUCCCGUUGUAGGUUGCUCACGUCGCUGUGCACUCUCCCCUCAUUUUAUGAAAAAGGACAGCAACUUUACUCGCUCCAUAGAGGUUUGUGGUGCUCUGCUUUAGAGUUUCCUGCUGUUACACUGUAACACAGAUCUGAAGCUCCAGGGUGUUGAAGAUGGCAGUGUGGAUCCAGGCCCAGCAGCUUCAGGGAGAUGCUCUGCACCAGAUGCAGUCGCUGUACGGUCAGCACUUCCCCAUUGAAGUGCGACAUUAUCUGUCCCAGUGGAUAGAGGGUCAGCUGUGGGAUGCCAUAGAUCUCGAGAACCCCCACGAGGAGUUCAAGGCUAAACGCCUGCUGGACAGUCUGAUACAAGAGUUGCAAAACAAGGCUGAGCACCAGGUUGGAGAGGAUGGCUUUCUACUUAAAAUCAAACUGGGACACUAUGCUAACCAGCUUAAGAGCACGUAUGACCGCUGUCCUCUGGAGUUGGUCCGAUGUAUCAAACACAUCCUCUACACAGAGCAGAGGCUUGUCAGAGAGGCCACAAAUUCAAACUCUCCAUUGAGUGGAAUGAUGGACAGCAUGUCUCAGAAGUAUCAGCAAAUCAAUCAAGCUUUUGAAGAGCUUCGUCUGCUCACCCAAGACACUGAGAAUGACCUGCGCAAGCUCCAGCACAACCAGGAGUACUUCAUCAUCCAGUAUCAGGAGAGUCUUCGCAUCCAGGCUCAGCUGACCAGCCUUGCCACGCUGCCCCCUGCUGACCGCCAGCUACGGGAGCCCGGCCUUCUCAGCAAGAGAGCCACAGUGGAGGCAUGGCUGACAAGAGAGGCCAACACACUACAGAAAUACAGACUGGAUCUGGCAGAGAAGCACCAGAAAACACUGCAGCUGUUGAGGAAGCAGCAGACCAUCAUUCUGGAUGACGAGUUGAUCCAGUGGAAGAGAAGGCAACAGCUGGCAGGCAAUGGGGGCCCACAAGAGGGAGGCCUGGACAUCCUUCAGUCCUGGUGUGAAAAGCUGGCUGAAACUAUUUGGCAAAAUAGGCAGCAGAUUCGGAGGGCAGAGCACCUCAGGCAGCAGCUGCCCAUCCCUGGACCUGUUGAAGAGCUCCUAAAUGAACUCAACAGUACUAUCACAGAUAUCAUCUCAGCCUUGGUCACCAGCACCUUCAUCAUUGAGAAACAGCCUCCGCAGGUCCUAAAAACCCAAACCAAGUUUGCCGCCACAGUGCGCCUCCUAGUGGGGGGGAAGUUAAAUGUGCACAUGAAUCCUCCACAAGUCAAAGCCACCAUCAUUAGUGAACAGCAAGCCAAGGCACUGCUUAAAAAUGAAAACACAAGGAAUGACAGUAGCGGAGAAAUUCUUAACAACAACUGUGUGAUGGAGUACCACCAGACUACAGGCACACUCAGCGCCCACUUCAGGAACAUGUCUUUGAAGAGGAUCAAAAGAUCGGACAGAAGAGGAGCAGAAUCAGUCACUGAAGAGAAGUUCACCAUUCUGUUUGAGUCACAGUUUAGUGUUGGGAGCAAUGAACUUGUCUUUCAAGUUAAGACACUAUCACUUCCUGUAGUGGUGAUAGUUCACGGUAGCCAAGACAAUAAUGCUACAGCAACUGUAUUGUGGGACAAUGCUUUUGCAGAACCGGGACGAGUGCCUUUCCUCGUGCCAGAUAAAGUGCUCUGGCCUCAGCUGUGUGAUGCUAUCAACAUGAAGUACAAAGCAGAGGUGCAGAGCAACCGAGGCUUGUCAGAGGAGAACCUGGUUUUUCUGGCUCAAAAGGCCUUCAGCAGCUCCAGCAACAACCCUGAUGACUACCGGAGCAUGACAAUGACCUGGUCACAGUUUAACAGAGAAAGCUUGCCUGGGAGGAACUUCACAUUUUGGCAGUGGUUUGAUGGUGUGAUGGAACUCACUAAAAAGCAUCUGAAACCACACUGGAAUGAUGGAGCUAUCUUGGGUUUUGUGAACAAGCAACAGGCUCAGGAUAUGCUGAUGUCCAAACCCAACGGUACCUUUCUUCUGCGCUUCAGUGACUCUGAGAUUGGAGGAAUUACAAUUGCUUGGGUGGCAGAAAAUCCCAAUAAAGCAGGUGAGAGAAUGGUUUGGAACCUCAUGCCCUACACAACCAAAGAUUUCUCCAUCCGCUCUCUGGCCGACCGAAUUAGCGAUCUCAAUCACCUCCUGUUCCUUUACCCUGACAGACCCAAGGAUGAGGUUUUCUCCAAAUAUUACACCCCACCACUCUCUAAAGCAGUGGAUGGCUAUGUGAAACCGCAGAUCAAACAAGUGGUGCCUGAAUUUGCUACAGCCAAUCCAGAUCCAUCAAGUGGGAACCAAACCUAUAUGGAUCAAGGUGCCUCCCCUGCACCUGUCAAUCAUCCUCACUCUUAUGGCAUAUACCAACCAAUGAGUGACUCUAUGUUGGAUGCGGACGGAGACUUUGACCUAGAUGACACCAUGGAUGUGGCAAGGCACGUGGAGGAGCUUCUGCGGCGGCCUGUAGAUAGCCAGUGGGGUGGCCAGCAGUCCUGACCACUGACCUCUCGAACUUCAACACCACCAAACAAGUCCUGCCUCCCAACUUGCCCCACUCACUUUGACAUGGUUUAAUUCCAUCCAUCUCUCAUUUUUUCAUAUUGCUAUAAUGUGAAAUUGUUAAUAAUGGUUGUGAUUUUUUUUUUUUCCUUUCAGCAUGAGAGCAUGCACGUCAGUGAUUUUUCAUAGUUUGUGUCUAUAAGUGUUUGUAAAACAGACUAGGUAUAAAUGCAAACAUACAAUGUUACAAUAUUGUGAAACAGAAAAGAUGUAUUGGUCAUUCACAUUGCGCAUGCAUUUUCAGUUGAUUUUUAACUGAUUUGGAAAAAAUAUGCUACUGUAUGUUAUUUUAGGAGUUGAAUGUUUUUAGUUUAUAUUUUCUGCCAUGUAAAUGUGUUAUUAUUUUGAUAGUAGCAUUGAACUUGCCCUUUGACGGAAAAAAGAAACUUUAUUGAAGAGUUUUGCUUUCGCUCUGAACAUACUGAGUUAUUGCUGUGAGUUAUUCAAAUGCAUAUACACUAACCUAAAGGCAGUGACUUUCUUUGCUCUCUGCAACUUACAACACACACAUCUGCACAUGGUACACAUGCUUUAGAUUUAUUUGUUCCGAUUUGUUCACCAGCUGUAAAGGAGAGGAGUUUAUGCACCUCCCUUGCUCUCACAGGGCUAUCUGUCUUCUGUUUGUACACAGAAUUGCAAAUCUAAGCAUUUACCCACCGCUGCCUGCUUUUCCUCUCAGGUCCCUCUGCUCACAUCAUUGAUGCUACCUCGCAUUAUUCUGCUGACAAUUCUUAUGUCUGCACCACUUUCCCAUCACUAGGUACAGUUAGAAUUUUGUUCUCGUGAUGAUACGUGUGAAGGUCCCUUGCUGCACAAGCUAAGUGUCAGCUGUUUUAUGCUUGAAACAACUCAAAUGAAGUAGCCUAGACAUAAUAUGUAUUAUGUCUAAUUGGUAUGCCAGAUUGUUUGGGUGUGCUUCUCCUUUCUAACAUUUCAGCCUCUCCGUCCAUUAACUUGUGCAACUGCAUAAUGAUGCUGUGACAAAACAAGCAUGUGCAUGUCUCUAUGUGACAACAUGACCGAGCAGCUGAAGAUGCAAAGGUAGAUGCAGGCUUUGAACGUUUGCACGGACACAUGAGCUGCUGCCACAUUCAGAAUUCUACAAUGUCAAGUUGUGUCACGUUUAUUCUCUGUCUGAUUUUUGCUGUUGCUUCAGACUUAUUUACGUUUUACAUCCUUUGUCAUACACAUAGAAGAUAAUUGUUCAAAACAGUCUUGCACCUCAGGAAUGAAUUGUUUUGCAUAGCCAUUGUAUAAGCCAAAAAGAAAACUAUCUAUGUAUACGAACAGAAUUUAUUUUAUCUAUCAUAAUUCUAUUUUAUUAUUGUUUCUCUGGCACUCCCCAAAUGAAUGUAACAGCUUUGGAUAACAAUAUCUACACAGUUUGAGCAAACCUUGCAUGUGACCAGAAGUAUUAGUUUUUAAAAACGACAACAGACACGGGGCAACCAGCAAUCAAAAAAUAACUUAUAAUGUAUUUUAUGUUUUUCAGUUUUUCCAACAUGACAAUAUUUAAUAUUCUCUCAUUUCCCCAUACGUAUUUUUUUCUUUUGCUUCAAGCCACAUAAGUGGUUUUGUGAUAGAUCCCUCACCACCAUCCUUCUCAUCAUUUCUGAGCUUUGCUCCACUGUAGACUGUGUAUUUUUAAAAGAUGUAGAUGGUGCUGUGUGUUGUUUAAUGUUUGUACCAUGUUUGUGGUUUGGGUUUAUCACUUGGAGGUUUUCCAAGAAACACAGCUGUUGAGUUGGAAAAGAAUAAAAUAAAGUUUUAUAAAUAAAUUUAACUCAA